AUGGCGGAUGCAGUUGUUCAACUACGAUGCGGUGUGAAGGCAAGUAUCUUUGCUUCAAUAUCUCGGAUAAACGAUGGCUGGGGAAAGAAAGGCAAAGAGUCCAUGGCGGCCCAGUUGUGGAGCAAAACGCCCGGAAAUGAAGCUAUUGAUGAUAACCAGACGUACUCCGAGAUGUGGCUGGGAACUUAUCCAUCUAACCCGUCACACCUUCUUUCCACCGGAGAGCCACUGAAAGAAUAUCUGGAAAAGAACCCACAGCUAGUGGGCAAGUCAGUAAUGGAUCGAUGGGGAGCGGAAAUACCAUUCCUGCCAAAGAUCCUAUCGUUUUCCAAAGCCCUGCCGCUUCAAAUUCAUCCAGACCUGUCACUGGCCAAGAAACUCCACCAGAAAGAUCCGAGCAAAUUCGGCGAUACCAUGCACAAGCCCGAGAUUGCCAUCGCGCUCUCAAAGUUUGAGCUCUUCGCAGGCUGGAAACCAUUGGAGGAUAUCCAUGCACUAUGCAAGCUGGAGCCAUUGACAAAGUUCUUACCAGAAUUCACGACCUUCGAUGACGAGACGUUGCGUUAUGUGUGCAUAUCGAUGUUGAAGGCAUCACCAGAAACGGUAGCUUCAACGAUAAAAGAUCUACAAAAUAUCCCAGACUCCCAAUUUGGCCGCGAUUCUUAUAUUCCCGGUCUCUUGAUCCGACUGAGCAAGCAGUACACAGCAAGCGACAAUGGAAACCUCGUUGCAGCCAUACUGAUGAACUAUAUGACUCUGGGACCGGGAGAUUCAGUCUUUGUUCCAGCAGACAGUAUCCACGCAUACCUGGAAGGUGAUAUCGUGGAGUGUAUGGCGCGCUCAGACAACGUGAUCAACACGGGAUUCUGUCCCGCGACGGAACGCGAUAGUGUUGAUUUAUUCGGACAUGCGUUGACGUUUGCGCCUCACAACGCUAAAGAUGCGCUUUUGCCGAGACAGAAGAGUAAUAAGGGGUUGCAUGGGAAGACGGAUGUCUUUUCGCCUCCGAUUGAAGAGUUCGAUAUGCUUUGUACUUGUCUUGGGGCUGGCGAGAAGGAGACGCAUAAGGCUAUCCUUGGUCCUAGUUUGAUGAUUGUGACGAAGGGGAGUGGAUCCAUGAAGAUCCCUGGUGAUCAGACGAUUGAGAUGAAGGAGGGAUAUGUUUACUUUAUUGGGCAGGGUGUGGCGUUGGACUUUUAUACUGAGAAGGGGAUUGCCUUUUAUCGUGGGUACGCGGAGUAA